AUUAGGCUACAUGCAAUUUGCCUCAAAGCUGAAUUAUUGUCAUAUGAAACGAACAUUUUGCGUUGCUUACUGACAAACAGACGUUUAGGAAAGUCUUUAUUGUUAUUUAUGUAUGUACAUGCAGUUAUUAGCCUAUAUUAUUUUUCUAAACACUGUGAAAACAUAUUACGGUUGUUUGCGUGUGAAGUCUGCUUUGAGGGCACGGGACUCUUAUUUUGAAAUAACUGCAGCUGCGUCACAUGACCCAAACAUCACCGCGAAUCCUUUUGAGUUCAUGCUGGAGAAUCAGACCACAAGAGAAUGAAAGCUCAGUUUAAACCUUGAUAAAUAAUGAGACCUGGGACACGAGAGAAACACAACAGGCCUGUAUCCGCUUUGACAGUUUCUCUAAGAAGGAAGCAUAAUAAGCUGACGGUCGCUGGAUGAUCGCAAGGGAUCCUAAUCGGUCGCUAUGGAAACUGGGCUAACAAAACUUGUCCAGUCUUUGUGAAACAUUGAAUGAACAUGCUGUUGAAUGUAAAACUGCUUAUUCGUAUAUAUUACACCAUUUUAGUUAUUAGGUGACUUUAGUUGUUUGCGUUUUGUCAGAUUUGGUCUGCAUUGUAAUUUUAACAUAACGUAAAAUAAACUGCUGGCAGUUACGUUACGUACGUUACGUAAAGUCGCGAUGGUUUAGGAUGAGCAUUGUAUUCGCUGACAUCAGAUAAUAUCCCAUGAGAAUAAAAUGAAAAGAGGGGUUCAAAUGCCCAAACGGUCACCAACAGCGGGAUCCAAAUGUUCCAAGAGCCUCCAGAGCAAAACUGUGUCCCCCAACGCCAUCUCAUGGUCGGAGACUGAGGAUGGAGGUCGAGAUGAUCCCAGUGAUGAUGACAAAAGACAAUAUAAGGGGACGAGAUACAUCACAGAAGACCUGAUCAGGAGGUUGACUAAAUGUGAAAAUUUAGUCCUUGUGCGCACCCUGGAUUUGUCUACAUCUAUGGCAAGUGACAAACAAUUUAGGUAUAUUGAAAAUUUGGAUAAGUGUGAGCGCUUGCAGGUUCUCAACCUCAGUAACAACAGGAUUGAGAGAAUUGAAAAACUAGAGAAACUAUGUCAGUUACGGGAACUCCUCCUUUCCAGUAACAGGAUACAAAAAGUUGAAGGUUUAGAGCACAUGACAAAUCUUCAGGUUGUGAAUUUGGCCUUCAACAACAUUGAACAUCUUCCAGUUUGGAUGGCAAAGAAGCUCAGAUCUCUUCAUACUAUAAAUCUACAGAGCAACAAGAUAUUCUCACUUCAUGAGAUAACUAAACUGAAGCCCCUGAAGAACCUGACAUGUCUGACAUUAGCAGAAAACCCCAUCUCCAGCCUGCCCCAUUAUCACCUCUUCCUAAUCUUCCAUCUGAGGUCACUGGAAAUAUUGGAUGGACAAACAAUCAGUCCACAGGAAAGAGAGCGAGCACAUCAGCGCUUUCACAUGGAGGAAGUAGAGCGUUUGGAGCAAGAGCUGGAGUUGAGAACUGAAGAGAUUGCACAACUUCAGAGAGAGCGGACCACAGCACUGGAAGAACUAGAGCGGCAGGAAACGCUCAAUCAAAACCUGAGGCAACAGUAUCAGGAGCAACAGCGGAGCCGUGAGGAACUCCGGAGAGAACUGGACACCAAAUCUGAUCUGCUGAAGCAGAAAACAGUGGAGUUGACCCGGGCCUGUCAGAAACACUAUGAGCUUGAGCAGGAGUUGGCUUUCCACAAAAUUGAUGCCAAGUUUGAACCUCUUCCAUUUUAUCCAGAUCCUGAGGUGGAGGUAGAGAACCUUUCUAGCGAGAGUCCAUACAUAGGAAAGUCUCGUCAGAAAAGGAACAUCACAUUCCCAUUGGAGACGGAUAGCAUGGGUGCACAAAACCAGCAGAAGGCCUCCUCAGCGGACCUGACUGAGACAGACGGCCCAGGAGAACAUGACAUGUCCAGACAUGCUCAGCUUAGAGCUGAGGAGCGAUUACAGCAGUUACAUAAAGAAAUUGAGGCAAAAGAACGGCAGAUCUUUAAAGCCAGUGAAGAGCUCCGGCAGCUAGAGGAGACAGCUUCACAGAGACGGAUCUGUGAGGCUGAGAAGGAGCAGCUCAGGCAGGAGCUUCAGAGGAGGAUACAGAGGCUGGGAGAGAUGAGAGGAGAGAUGGAGGCUAUGGAGAAGCAGCUGGACAGGCUGAAUGCUGAGAGGAUUCAAGCCCAGGAUGAAAUGGACCAGCUACAAAAUCUACUGCACAGCCUGGAUCCCAGUGACCCCAGACAUGACCACGUGAAGGCUCAGCUGUCCAAGAAGACGCAGCUGCUGGCCAUCAUGAGCAGAAAGCACCAGGAACUGGAGAGCAGGCUGGAUGACAUGAUCACACGCAUCCACAAGGAGACACAGGAGAUCAAAGAAUUAGAGCAACAGCUUACUGAUGGUCAGAUCGCUGCUAAUGAAGCACUCAAGCGUGACCUGGAGGGCAUCAUCUCAGGUCUCCAGGAGUAUCUGCAGGGGGUGAAGGACCAAGCACGAAGAGCCCAGUUAGAUUGCAGUCGUCUGCAGAGAGAGAAAGAUGCUCUGCAACGCUUCCUGUGUGAGAAGGAGCUGCAGUGCACACAGCUGGAGAAAGAAGCUCUGAGUGCUAAAAGCGCACAGGAGGAGCUUCAGUUUCAACAGCAGGUGUUGGAGGAUCUGAGGAAGGAGAAUGAAGAGCUGAAACAGGCUCAGGGGCAGGUCAGUGAAUAUGAGGCAGAGCUGGAAACACAACUACAGGAGAGAGAUACUGAGGCCACACAACUGAAGGAGGAGCUGGGCAGACUGCGUCAACUCAGUCAAAUGGAGCACUCUGCACUGCAGGCGGAGCUGCAGAAAGAAAGACAGGCAAAAGAGAACGCUUUGGCACAGAUGCAGAUGGCUGCCGACAGAGAGCUUGAGAACACAGAGCUUCUGCAACAGGUCAACACUCUUCAGGAGGAAAGAGACAGUCUUAAGGAGAAGGUGGAUGCUCUUCAGGGUGAUUUGGAGCAGGUUAGGGAGGAGCUUCUUUGCACAGAAAGUGUGGCUAAACGUUUAGGAGAGCUGAGAAGAAGCAUAGCUACAGGACAAGAGGAACUAAGCUUUAAAGACCUUGGGGAGCCAAUGAACAAGAAAUUCAUGGAGCUACAACAGGAGGUGCAUCGUGUGGUAUCUGCUGCUCAGAGCGAUAGAGACGAGGCCCAGCGCUGUCAGGACAGACUUGCUGGAGAGAUGAGUUCGCUCAAAGAGAGACUCAGGAAGUACCAAGAAAGAUACCAGGCUCAGCAGGCAGCAGAGAGACGGGGUGAGGAGGCGGAGCUCCAUAGAUUGAGGAAGGAGCUGGAAGAUGCUCAAGAGCAGCAGCACUUGAUGCUGCAGCGUUUAGAGGAGACAGAAAUGGACAGGGACCGUCUUCUUGCUGAAUUAGAAGAACAAGAUAAACAGGACCACGUGAAGGCUCAGCUGUCCAAGAAGACGCAGCUGCUGGCCAUCAUGAGCAGAAAGCACCAGGAACUGGAGAGCAGGCUGGAUGACAUGAUCACACGCAUCCACAAGGAGACACAGGAGAUCAAAGAAUUAGAGCAACAGCUUACUGAUGGUCAGAUCGCUGCUAAUGAAGCACUCAAGCGUGACCUGGAGGGCAUCAUCUCAGGUCUCCAGGAGUAUCUGCAGGGGGUGAAGGACCAAGCACGAAGAGCCCAGUUAGAUUGCAGUCGUCUGCAGAGAGAGAAAGAUGCUCUGCAACGCUUCCUGUGUGAGAAGGAGCUGCAGUGCACACAGCUGGAGAAAGAAGCUCUGAGUGCUAAAAGCGCACAGGAGGAGCUUCAGUUUCAACAGCAGGUGUUGGAGGAUCUGAGGAAGGAGAAUGAAGAGCUGAAACAGGCUCAGGGGCAGGUCAGUGAAUAUGAGGCAGAGCUGGAAACACAACUACAGGAGAGAGAUACUGAGGCCACACAACUGAAGGAGGAGCUGGGCAGACUGCGUCAACUCAGUCAAAUGGAGCACUCUGCACUGCAGGCGGAGCUGCAGAAAGAAAGACAGGCAAAAGAGAACGCUUUGGCACAGAUGCAGAUGGCUGCCGACAGAGAGCUUGAGAACACAGAGCUUCUGCAACAGGUCAACACUCUUCAGAUGGAGCACUCUGCACUGCAGGCGGAGCUGCAGAAAGAAAGACAGGCAAAAGAGAACGCUUUGGCACAGAUGCAGAUGGCUGCCGACAGAGAGCUUGAGAACACAGAGCUUCUGCAACAGGUCAACACUCUUCAGGAGGAAAGAGACAGUCUUAAGGAGAAGGUGGAUGCUCUUCAGGGUGAUUUGGAGCAGGUUAGGGAGGAGCUUCUUUGCACAGAAAGUGUGGCUAAACGUUUAGGAGAGCUGAGAAGAAGCAUAGCUACAGGACAAGAGGAACUAAGCUUUAAAGACCUUGGGGAGCCAAUGAACAAGAAAUUCAUGGAGCUACAACAGGAGGUGCAUCGUGUGGUAUCUGCUGCUCAGAGCGAUAGAGACGAGGCCCAGCGCUGUCAGGACAGACUUGCUGGAGAGAUGAGUUCGCUCAAAGAGAGACUCAGGAAGUACCAAGAAAGAUACCAGGCUCAGCAGGCAGCAGAGAGACGGGGUGAGGAGGCGGAGCUCCAUAGAUUGAGGAAGGAGCUGGAAGAUGCUCAAGAGCAGCAGCACUUGAUGCUGCAGCGUUUAGAGGAGACAGAAAUGGACAGGGACCGUCUUCUUGCUGAAUUAGAAGAACAAGAUAAACAGGUGAAAGCUGAUGAGAGUCAGACUCAGGAGCAGCUAGAAUCUCUCAGUUUGGAGUUGCAGGCGCUCAGGAGAUCAUUUUCCUCUGCUGACAGAAUGGCUGCCCAACAACUGACGUCAGCGAAGGACAAACUUCACUCUCUUCAUAGCACUGUAGAGAAAAUACAUCAGGAGAAAGCAGCGAAUGCAGAGGAGUUACAAAGCACCAGGAUUCAGGCUGUCCAGGCCAUUCGGGACUUGGCUAAUGCUGAAGCAGAAAUUGAGGUUCUCCAGAAGCUUUUGAGAGAUAGGGUUCAUGAGACAGAUGGGAAUCUCAACAGUGUCCCAAUCUCUAGUAUUCAACAGCAAGAAUUGGACAGAUUAAACCAAACCUUGAAAAGACAACAGGCCCAAACCAAACGUCUCAGAGAUCAACUAGCACAAGGCAAAGCAGCUAACAACGGAAAUCUAGAAGAGCUGCUGGAAGAGAUUGGAGCACUGAGGGAGACUCUCCUACUGCAGAAUAACUUCCUGUCCAGUUUAGGAGAUCCCCUGCCAAACACAGGAUGUUGGUACUAUGUACCAUCAAAUCAAAAUGCCCCUAGUUUUGGAUCUCAGGGCACACAAGACUCAGGACUGGACUCUGUGCACCCACAGUCCCCUGAGAGAGGCCGGCGGUCCGGCCACAGAGCACACAGGGAGAGAAGAUCUCCUGUUAAUCGAGGAUACUGGGUCUAUUCCCCCCAUCCGCACGCUCAUGGAAAGAGAGAUGCACAGAUGUUCAGAGACAGUGGAAGAGAGAGCGAUAUAGAGGGCGUGUCUGGAACACGCUUCACGCCUCCAUCAGUCUCUGCUGGAUUUACUCUACCUGAUGGUACUGCUUUUCCUCCUGGAUCAUUUAUCUACAAUCACUCUGUGCCUGGCCUUCCCAUUGGCUCAAGUACAGUCCUCUAUGGGCCGCCCCCUGAUGGAGCCAGGCUGGUGUAUGGACCUCCUCCCAGCAAUCUUACUAUUCCUCUGGUGCCCAGUGGGACGCUGCACUGUAAUGUGCCUGGACAUCAGGACUUGGAGCGAGAUCUGAAGAAGGCAGAGCGUAGGCUGAGAGAGGAGUGUGCCGAUAGAGCUCACAGUGAGAAAGAGCAGCAAGCACUUCAGGACAAAACAACAGACUUACAGCAGGAAAUCAAACAUCUACGCAGGACUGUCCACACACUGCAGCGCCACACGAGUGGGCUGGAAAGCUCCUUAUCACAUGCAGAGGAGGAGCAGUGUGUCCUGGGAGAGGUGGAGUGUGUGGAGAAAACCCUGCUGAAGCGCAGAGCAGAGCUCAGAGAGGCCGACAGACUGCUGCUAGAGGCUGAGACAGAGCUCAAAGACACUGGAGCCAAGACUAAAGAGAGCGUGAAGCGCUACAAUGAGGCCAGGAGGCGAGUGGAAGAGACAGAACGAGAGCUGGUGGAGAUGGAACAGAGAGCUCAAGACAGUGCCACACAGCUGGUGCAAACCAAACAACAGCUCAGGAAUCUUCAAGAGGAGGUUGAGGAGCUGCAGAAAAGAAAACAGAGCCAAGAACACACUCUACAUGAAGUAGAGGAGGUCCUCGCAUGUCAAGAUGAAAAGUUUCAAGAACUCAACAGAAAGCUGGAGAGAGCAACUGUCAGACUGGAAACUGCUGAGAAAGAGCUCAGAAAGACCCAGAGCCUGGAGGUGAAGCUCUUGCAGAGCUGCAGAGAGACAGAAGACUGUCUGACACAACGCAAUACAGAACUGGAUGAAGUCAACACUCAGGUGGUGUUGCAGCAGGAGGAGCUGUCUUUGCUGGACAGGAAGAUGGAGCAGUGGACAAAGGAAGAGGAAGUGAUGAGAGUUAGUGUGGAGAAACACAGGCAGGGCCUGUUGGAUGUGCUCAGACAGGGAGAGGAGGAUGCCCAACUCUUACACCAGCGCAUUCAGGAGCUCCAUGUGGAUGUGCAGUCUCUGGCUGUGCAGAAGGGAGAGCUGGACUCUCAGCUGUCUGAGAGGAGAACCAGACUGGCACAGUAUAAGAAAGAGCAGCAGAAGGAGGAGGAAACCCUGCAGAACCUCCAUUCAGCCAUCAAAAAACAUAAAGCAGAGCUGAAGCAUGUGUUGGAAAUGGUCCAGUUGGAGAUUGGGGAAUUAGAGGGUGUGAAGCUUCAGCAUAACCAGAAACUGGACCAGCUAGAGAAGAGCCAGGAAACUCUACUGCAGGUGCGUGUGGAACUGCAGCGUGUGCAGCAGGAGCUGCAGGAGCAGCGUGGGGAGGCUGAGAGUCAGAUGAACCUGCUGGAGAAAGAGAGAGCAGAGCUGCACACCCUCCAACAGAAAAGCCUCGACCUGCAGCAGCAAACAGACACAGCAGUCCAAGAGAGGAGCACCCUGCAAGAACAGUGCAGAAACCUGGAGGCCAGACGGACACACGCUCAGAGGUGUUUGGAAGCAACAGAGACGAGGGCGAGGGCAGCAGAAACAGAGCUGCUAAGACUACAGACUGAGCUGGACAAACUACAACAGGACCAGAAAAACGCACACGACCUGCAUCAGGAGAUCAGCAGAGACAUGGCAGCCUUGCAGCAGCAGCAUGAGGAGGAGUUGAGCAGAUUGAAGAAACAGCUGGUGGAAUCCCAAACUCAGUUAGAUGAGAUCAGAGAGGAGGUGAAGGCUGCAAGAAGGCAGCGGGAAGAGCUUGUGAAGCAACAGAAGGAGCAAAAGGCCGAACUGCAGGAGAAAGAGGAGAAGAUCAGGAGGAGACAACAGAAGCUGGACAGACUGGGUCAACAGCUGCAGGAGCUCAAGGCAGAAGUAGUUAUGAAACAGACACAGCUUGAAGAACAUGAAAAGCUGGUGAGGAUGCAGCAGCAGCAGAGCACUGAUCUGGAGCUGCAGCACAGGCUGAGGCAGAAGAAGUUGCAGUCCCAGCUGCAGGCAGUAGAGAGCGCUCUGCCCCUCAGGCUGGACCAGAUGGAGCAGGUCGCAGCUGCAGAAAUGGACCUGCAGAGGGAGCGCAAACAGUGCACUGCACUACAAGAGCAGGUGGAUAAACUAGAGCAGGAGGUGUGUGAGCGGGACUCAAGACUCCAGCAUGCUGUUGAGGAGACCCAUCACCUGCAGCAGGGACGUCAGGAGGCCCAAAGCAACCACAGCCACACAAACAGGCAAAAACUGCAGGGAGUGGAAAAGGAGCGUGUACGGCUCCAAAGGGACCUGCUGACUGUGGAAAAAGGUGCUCAAGAAAACCAUAAACAAGCCAGAACGCUGCAGGAACAGCUCAGAACCAUUUCCCAAGAGCUGCUCUGCCUCAGAGACAAGUUGCAGUGCCAAGAGGAGGGCAACACUCGGCUGUGUGAGAUCAAGGACAGUGUGCGCUCUGUGAGGUCACAGGGGAAAGUGGAGCUUGACAGUGGGCUGAAGGAGCUGGAGCCGCCCUCUAGUGCCUCCUCAGACACAGACAGCCAGAAAGAGAACCAUACCGGUGUUACACUAUCCGUGGGGAACCCAGCAUACAACACUAAGGAUGAACAGUGGCGAGGCGAAGCACUGAGGGAGAGACUGAGGCAGCAGGAGGACCACUUGAAGGUUCAACUGCGCAGACGCAUGUUCUCCCAGCAGGAAGCUCUGAGUCAGCGCAGACUGCAGACUGAAGGCAGCAUUCAGGGUCUGCGCAGACAUGUUGACAAACUGGACCAGCUCCUCAGCAACUCUUCCAAAGACUCCUAUUAUUUGAGUGACUAGGAAGCUCUGCCAAAACAGAAACAAUACUCCACUGAGCCUCACUGACAUGAGGAAAUAUCAGAAAAGUAUCCAAGCAGCAUAUGUAAAGAAGGAACUCAUUUCCAUUAUUUGUCAGAUUAUGAAAGCAGGUGGUUACAGAGGAGUACAGAUCUUAUCAGAGGAGCAGUUUGAUUAAACCCGCAUCAACCAGAAAAGCACAGAGAGAGCAUUGAGCCAGAUCCACGAGACCAUCUCAGUGACUUCCUGCUUCAGUUAGAGCAGAGGCUGGAUGUGUUUCAACCUUCUUUAUGCCAGAUAACUAGGCUGGCAUCAGCGCUUUCCAUACACAAAUAAGAAAACUGAAACUUGAGGUAAAAAUAAGAUGGUGAAAGUUUAUUCUCUACCUCUUGAUUUGUUCUUGUAGCUUUAUGAAAUUAUUUUUAACACAAACUGAUAUGUGCCUUCUUAACGUUUGCUCAUGUUAAAAUAGACAAUGUCUCGUGAGUGUUUACAGGUGAAACAGAUGGAGGAAGGUUUCAUCAUGUGAUGUCGUUGAUGCACUCAUGUCAUUGCAAAAAAAGAAAAACAGGCCGUGCUCUGGAAUUAUUGUUCAUUUUUACAUGACUGUUGUCAAAAAUGACCUUGUAUUCAAAGCCAAUAUAUGCAGAGUAUUUAUUACAGCACUUCUCUUUAUAUAGUUUGUCUCAAAUCAAAAACAACUUAAAUUAAGUGUGCAAUAUAUGCUUGUCCAGUUUCUCGUCUCAUUAUUGCUCAUAUACAGUGCGACCAAUCGUGUAUGUGGACAAAAACAGUCUACAGUAUUGUCUUUAUUAACAUAAUUACAAACAAAAGUCACUUACAG